UUUUCAAAUCCUCUACUUCUCUCUCCCCCUCUGUUUAUGAACACCCUGAUUCAUCCGUUGUUCCACGGAACAUGGUAGAACCCUCUUCUGCUACCACUUCUUCACCAGGAUCCUCCCCAAUCAACAUUCGCUCUUCAGCAGACAGUGCUGAAAUUUCCCGCAAUGGUCUUCGUUCCGACCUCGAGACUCUUCGUCAUGUUUAUGGAAGCCUUCAAUUAAAGCAUGCAGAAGCCGAAGAAAAUCUUGCUCUCCUCCAGCAGCGGAUGGAUGAGUGCGCGGAUCAUAACGCACGUUUAAGCCGAGAAAUGGCGCAAACUAUCAGGGAAAGAGACUCGUUUCGGGAUCAGGUUAGUUGUCUUGAAACAAAUUUGAGAGAAAAGGAGGAGGAGUUAUCGAAGAAGCUUGAUGUGGAAAUGGGAGAGAAAGAAGGGCUCAAGAAAGAAUUGGAAGAUUUCAAAGAGCGAGUCCAGAAAUUGGAGAGUGAGAGGGAAGGCAUAAAUUCGUUGAUGGUAGAGAGUUUAGAAUCUCUCAGUUCAACAAGGGAUUGUUUAUCUAGAGUAUUAGAGGGUUUAGAGGAAGAAAAUGACGAAAUUUCUGUUAAAGAAGACGAGGGUAUUUGUGUGAAAUCUGGACCAGGAGAGGAGGCAAGGGCAUUAUUGGAAGAGGUGAGGAUGGUGUCAAGGCUUGCAACUGGGGUGGAAACAAGGAUUGACAGGUAUAAAGACUCAAAAAAGAAGGAGAAAAGAGAACUGGAGAAUAGUCUGAUCAGUUUGACAGAGGAGAAUAGGGAUGUCAAUAAGUUGCUAAGGAUCGCCAUAUUGGAAAAAGAAUCAGUUGAAAAGAAGUUGAAGGGAAGGGUACCCCUAUUACCAUUUGGAUUGCAGAAAGUUGGUUUUGGAUUCAUGAUGGGGGCUAAUACUAAUGAGCCAACUACAGAGAAUACUGGGGUUAACACGGGGACUAAGAGUACUGGGAUGAACACUGGGACUAAGUCUGACAGUAGUGAGUGUGAAGAGGAGAUCGUUAGUCUGGCUUCAACAGUUGAAAGGAUAAUGAAGAAUCUACGUCUUGAAAUCACUCAAUUGAGGAAAUCUUUGGAGGAAUCUAGGUCAGACACAGAGCGACUCCAGUGUCUCACAGAGAAACAAGCCAAAGAAAUUGCAGAAAACAAACUCUACAUUAAGGAGUUAGAAGAUAGAGAGGGGGUUUUGGCUCAAAAUGUAGAGGAGCUUUUAACGGAAAUUAAGGAAACUGAGGAAGAAGUUGGCAGAUGGAAGAACGCAUGUGAGUUGGAAGUUGAAGCUGGAAAAAAUGAGAUUGAAGAGCGUGACAGAGUGGUAAAGGUGGAUGCGCUGAAACAAGAACUACAGAGAACCAAGGCAGCCUUGGACAUAUCAAAUGGAAAAUUAAGGCUAAAAGAAGAACUUGCAAGCACUGCAAUUGCUGCACAGGCAGCAGCGGAGAGAUCCUUGCAGCUAGCGGACAACAGAGCCAUCGAACUCCGGCAUCGCAUUGAGGAACUGACCAGGCACAUAGAAGAAGCAGAGAAAAAGGAGCGAAGUAGCCGUAAAUGGAGACGUAUAUGUUGGCCAUGGGAAGUCUUCAAGUUCAUCUCUGGUUCCAAUACUUCAAACACUAAAGUUGGAACUGUAAAAAGGAUGCUACCAGAGAUGCAGGCCUUGGUGAACUGACAUACGCUUCCUGAUCAAAGAAUUGAUGGAUCUCAAACUUGAUUUUUCUGUAGAUGCUUUUUCUCCUUUGUGUUCAGAUUGUUACUGAUGUUUGCAGAACCACAUCAUAUGCAUAAUCUGCAAACUUUAUCAGUUAAUUUAUAAUAGGAAUAAGCUUGAGGAAUGAAAUAUAGAACAUAUUACGGAGGAUUUUUUUUUUUUUUGUAAAAUUCAAAUGAAUUCAUUACUCCCUUUGCUCCUUAAA